GAGAUGACCGAGAUCGAGUACACGCAGCUGCAACAUAUACCCUACUCGCACGUGGAGGCGGCGGUGGCCGACGGCGAGCUCGAGACGCGCCUCAACUCGGCCUUCCUGGCGGUGGGCGUGGCGGGCGCGGCGGCCGGGACCUUCACGGCGGCGAGGGGCGCGCCACCCGUGUACCCGGUGCUGUGCCCGCCUGCGCUGGCCAAUGGCAGCUUCGCGGGCGCCAACCAGUGCCUGGGCCACGUAGACUUCCAGGAGCUGUGCAUGAUGCUGCUGAGCGAGGCGGGUGCGCCCCCCGCCACCGAGAAGACGCCGGGCGCCGGCGCACCCCGGCCCAAGGCGCCCGACGGCGCUGGCAAGGAGAACGUGGAGGGUGCGCCUGAGACGCGGACCAAGUCGGCCAUGCGCGUCCGCCUGGGGGACCGCUUCAAUAGCAUCCCAGCCGAGCCCCCGCCGGCCCCGCGCGGCGCGGAUCCCCCUGAGCCCGGCAUGGCGCUCAACAAUUUGGUAACUCUUAUUCGCCAUCCGUCCGAAUUAAUGAAUGUUCCUCUUCAUCAGCAACAAAACAAACGUACAACAGGAGUGGAAAAUGAAACUGCUGCUGCAGCUCGUGCUCUGCAGUUGACAUACCCUCUGCUUACCGCCAGUAGUCGCUCUGCUAGUGGAAAUGCUCAUCUUUCACCAGUCCAGAGUUCUAGUAACUCAUGUUCUGUACUUGAAGCUGCCAAGCAUCAGGAUAUUGGAUUGCCGAGGGCUCUAUCUUUCUGUUAUCAGCAAGAAAUUGAAUCCACUAAACAGACUUUGGGUGGUAGAAACAAAGCUUUGCCUGAGCAGGUUUGGAUUAAAGUAGGAGAAGAAGCGCCACGUGAACAAGCAGUGCGUAAGCGGGGUCGGAGUAGGAUACGUCGGUUGCACACAGACAUAGAGCGAAGAGCCCUGGGAGAGCUCCAGAGUGUGGGUGACGGCUCCCCAGCAGCGCGGGGCGCUUGGCAGUCGGCGGAGCCGUCCCGGGCCGCCCUCGGGGCGCAGAGCCAGAGCGGGCCCCGGGGAGGCGGGGCCCGGCGCGGGGAGAGGCACAGCCGCAGGGAAAGAGAUGGAAGGCGCAGAAUCCGCAUUUGCUGUGAUGAGUUGAAUCCUUUAGUCCCGUGCUGCAACGCCGAGACCGAUGAGGCAACGACCCUGCAGUGGACCACAGCGUUCCUGAAAUAUAUUCAGGAAAGACAUGGAGAUUCUCUUAAAAAGUACGCGGGCCUUUCACCGCUGUGGCCUCUCCCGCCGCAGAGCACAGGCUCCGGACGUGCAGGCUCAGCGGCCACGGCUCACGGGCCCAGCCGCUCCGUGGCACGUGGGAUCCUCCCGGACCGGGGCACGAACCUGUGUCCCCCGCAUCGGCAGGCGGACUCUCAACCACUGCGCCACCAGGGAAGCCCCUUGACAGCCUUUUGAAGACUCAGUUACUGUGCCAGCUAGGUGGCAACUCCACGCGGGGCA